CAAUUAGUCACCAACCCAAACCCAACGCCCCCUGAAAAAUUGAAGGCUGAAAAAACUGAGCGAGAAAAAAAUUCCCAAAGCCCAGCGACUACAGUUUGGGAUUUUGUUGUGUCUCUGCAGUGCGAUUUAUUGAAGCUCUUAUACAGCAGCAGACGAAGAAGAAGAAGAAUAGAGAUGUCGGACACGCAGGAGAUUAUGCUUGUCGAUGCUGAGCAGCAGCAGGCGGGCGAGAGCCAGGAUUUGAAGAACUACGUUGCGUCGGUGGAUGCGCCUAUUGCGCUGAAAUACAUUGCCGCGGGCCGGAUAGCGCAGUCGGUGGUGAGCGUGCUUGUGCGGGAGAUCAGCGAGCAGAGACUGAGCAACGUGUUUGAUAUCUGCGCGGUGGGGAAUUAUCUGGUGGAGGAGGAGUGUGGGAAGAUUUUCAAGAACGUGGAGGAGAAGGGGGUUGCGAAUCCGACGUGCGUGGACGUGAAUAAUUGUAUUUGGGGGUAUUCGCCUGUCGAGCGGGAGAAUGCGUAUGUCUUGACGAACGGGGAUAUCGCAAAGAUCUCCCUUGGGGUUCAUAUCGAUGGAUAUUCGUCCUUGGUGACGCACACUUUGGUUGUGUUGCCUACUGUGCCGGUGCUGGAGCAGACGGCGCCUACUACCGGCGUUGUUGCGGACGUCGUGUGCGCGACGCAUCUUGCUACCGAAGCCGUGGUGACGCUGCUGGGCACGACGCUGCAGCACGCGGGCACGCCGUCUGGCUUUUUCGGCGCCCGCAAGGUGAACGGGCUGCGGAUCAAGGAGGUUGUCGAGAACGUGGCGAAGGCGUUCAAGGUGAAGAUUUUGCCGGGCUCGCAGGUGCGACGGAUCAAGCGGUUUUUGGUCGGCCAGGAUACCGUGCACGAGGUCGACGUCAAGGGCUAUGCGUGGGGUGCGCUCUCGAUCGAGGAGGCGACUGAUGAUCCGGAGGAAGGAGAUCUCAAGAAACUGAUUGACUCCGAGGCCGCGCCGGAGCUGGGUGAGGCGUGGGUGGUUGAUCUCGCAAUGUGCAGUUUCUCGGGCUUGCAGGCCGACCUCAACCCGCGCAACGAGUUCCAGGUCUCGCGGCGGACAAUCAAGCCCCACCGCGCGCUCAAGCCGACGAUCUUCACGCGCGACUACAGCAAGUCGCUGAGCAUGAAGCUCAAGAGCGCGCGCGGCGUGCUCACCGAGAUCGACAACCGCAAGUCGGUCUUCCCGUUCCAUCUCUCGGCGCUCGAGACCGAGGGCGCGCCGCUGGGCGUCGCGGCGCUGGUCAAGAUGGGGAUCUUGUCGCCUGCGACCGUGUUCACCGUGCAAGGCGCGCCAGGCACGCCGGUGUCGUCGCGCACGCGUACGACGGUGCUGCUUGCGCCGUCGGUUAAGUACGGCGGCGAGCUUGUGCGUUUGAGUGGCGGCGAGAUUGCGCCGUCGUGGGUGCAUAGCGAGUACGAGAUCACCGAUGCCGAGAUCCUGGAGCUGCUGGAUGAGAAGCGUGCGGGAGUGCGGGUUCGGAAUAUCGGGGCGGUGGAGCUUGAGGUGCCUGCUCUGGAGGGAGAGGAGGAGGAUGCUGCUAUGGAGAUCGAAUAGGGAGAGAAGAAAAGAAAAGUUGGAGUUUUGUUUACAGAUCUAUAGAUGACAAAAGUCUUUUACCUCUUUCUGCAGUUCAGGAGAGAGAUGGUUGGGUAUAUCUUUGUACGUUUUAUUUGAGUGUUUGUAUAUGUUUGUAAAUGUGCUAUGUAAUUGUGGUUUCCGGCAUUACGUGCGUUUUUUUGUUUGGGUUUACAUGAACAUUAUUUCUGAUUGAUUGGUCGAGUAAUGGAUGAUCUUAGGAGUAAGACAAGUAAAUAGAAUAAUAAAGAGAAGAAAGAAU